UUUUUUCUUCAUUCGGUCAGCGACCGUUCGUGUAGUAACAUAGUAGGUUCGGGUGCCCGUUCUAGUUUGAUAUUUCUUUCUCUUACUAGAAAUAUUGAGGAAAAAACGUUUGAAACCGUCCGUGUGUACCUUACAGAGAACAUUUUCUCUCUCACGCGGUCGUCCGGUGCAUUGCCAGUUGCAUAGACGGAAAAUUCGUGCAGUUUCUUUCACUUUUUCCGUGUAUCUACACUCGGUUAUGCUUGCGCAAGGUGUGAUGAUCCGGUAAGCCUAGUAGCAGCAACAGAACAGGCUCGAUGCAACAUGUUAAACAAGUGUCUAAUUUGGUGAUACAGCGCAAUUGCAUUCCAGGCAUAUUUGGAUUCCGCUUGAAUUGUGAAUAAUUUCGAGAUGGAAAUAGUGACAUAACGAUGUACACGAUUAGUGCAAAGUAAUAUAUCGUGAAGGAAGACUACUGAAGUCAUUCAAACUUUACUCGCACCCAAGCACAUCCUGGAUUAAAAUUUCAUUUAUGUAUUUAGAUAUACACACGUGUUUGGAUACAUUUAUGCAUUGAGUGGUGCAAUCAAAGACAAACAGUUGAAUAACAAAUGAGGAAGAAAAUGUAAUGAGAUGAGAUUAAAGUGAUUCAUUGUGUAACAAUGUAUUAAAUCAACGUAGAAGCUACACAAAGUAAACUAUACGCGCAAGUUCAGUUACAGUAUGCUUCAGUGUAUAAAUAUAUUUAAAAAUUUGGAACUUCAACACACUGUGCCCGUGCGGUAGAGACAAGAAAGUGCAUCUUUCUUUUUUCACACGAGAAAACUAGUUCACGAAAACAGCUGAAAAUACAAGAAGUCAAAAUUAACCUACAAUAAUAUAGUGACGGGUAGCAAAAUAAGUGAGAAGAACGAGAAGCGAGAUAAAAAAAGUGUUUGGAUUACAAGAAGAAAAUUUGCCUCUUCCUGGUUUGUGCAACCAGAAGUAACACGAAAGUGGCAACAGCAGCAAGAGUGAGGUAGGCGGCCAGCUCAUCAGCUUGCCUAUUGUGCUCUUGUGUGGUGACUUCAACGCCGGUGUUGAAAGUUAAUCGUGCAUAAAAAGAAAAUAAGUAAUUAUCCUUUUAAAUAAGAAAAUUGAGGCAAAAAAGGAGAGGCGCACAGCGUGGAGGAAAAAAAAAGAUGUUCAACCAAGUUGAAAAUUGGGAAAAGCAAAAGAAGAAAAUAAUCGAUGUGCUACAAUUAUAAGUGAGAUAAUUCCGUUGUUUUUCUUUCCUCUCUCUCUCUCCCUUCUUCACCUGCUUUCGUUUGGACCCACCCCCACACUGGCCGUUUGCUGAUUCUAUAACAAUAUCUGUGAAUACUUGUUUACAUUGUUCACCGUCAACGGAAUAUCGAACGGUGUUUUUCACGGUGUACCGUUAACAUGGAGACUAGUUACAACAGUGGCAACGGGGAAUUCGACGUUAAUAUGUUCGAUCAGUACAUUUAUAAGCGCAACGAGUCAAAUCUUGACGUCUCUUUAUCAGUGCCACAUUACAAUGGCCAGCACGGGCAUCAGUACAACAUGAAUGAUCAUACAUUCCAUACGCCGUCAUUUGGCGACGAGGAAUUUGACAUUCCUACGAUGAACUCGCAUCUUCAGCAACAACAACAUUCUCAUCAAACGCAUCAAAUGGAACAGCAUCAAUAUCAAAUGCACAAUAAUGGCCAACCGCCGCCCCAUCUAGGAAUGUUAAAUGAUCAACAGCAGUCACAACAACAGCAGCAGCAGCAGCAGCAGCAACAACAACAACAACAACAACAACAACAACAACAACAACAACAGCAACAACAACAAUACAAUCAGUGGCACCAGGAGUCUCAUAUAAAUCACCACAGUCCGUACCCGAUGCAGUCACCGAACCAACCCACAUAUCAUCAGCUGAAUAGCCCUAGUCCCAACAAUCCGAAUGCAACACUGCACGUCUUGCAGCCGCCGCAACAGUCGCCUCAGAUGCCAACGCAAAUGUCACCGCCAGUGAGCUCCGGUGCGCCCGUCGGUGGUCCUGGGGGAUUCGUGGGCCGGUCCCCACCCCAGGCCGGUGGACAUCAUAUUGGCGGCAACGAACUGGGGACGACCAGUGAGGAUAGCGAUGACGCCAUUCCGACCAACACGUUGAAAAGGCCUUCGCCGGAACCGGUGUUCGAUAGCGACUCUAGCAAUGCCAAAGCCUCUGCUGCGUCGCUAGCGAAAAAGCCAAAGGUAGCCAAGAAGAAGAAAAAACGGGAUCCUAACGAGCCGCAAAAGCCCGUGUCCGCUUACGCAUUAUUCUUUCGUGACACCCAAGCUGCCAUCAAAGGUCGAAAUCCAAACGCGUCAUUCGGCGAAGUGUCAAAAAUUGUCGCUUCGAUGUGGGACGUGUUAGCAACAGAGCACAAAAACGUGUACAAGAAGAAAACUGAGGCUGCCAAAAAGGAAUAUCUUAAAGCUUUGGCAGCAUAUCGAGCGAGCUUAGUUUCUAAGGGUACGGAAGGUGAUCAGCAGCAGUCCUCCCAGCAGCAGCAGCAACCGAUGUAUUCUCCACCCCCACCGUCCCAGCAGCAUUCGAGCCAGCAGCUACCGCCUCCGCAGCAGCAGAAUAAUCACAUGGUGAAUCAUUCGCAACCGUCACCACAGCAUGGUCAACCAGUUCCACAAGUAAGCCCCCAUAUGCCCGGACAGGGAGGUCACAUGCCGCCACAGAACAACAGCUAUCCGCCACCAUACGCAUCACCGUACAAGUCGUCGCAGCAGGCCAUGAUGCAAAUGCAACCGCAUCUUCAACAUCACAACCACCCAGGACAGCCACAAGCCCAACCACCGCCGCACCACAUGCAAAUUAAUUCAAUGGCUGCCCAGCAGCAACAACAACAACAGCAGCAAAUGAUGGGUCAACAACCACAAAUGGGAAUGUCACCUCAGCAACAACACCAACAACAGAUGCAGCAAAACCACCUUACCAGUGCAAACAUGAACGGAAUGAUGAACAUGGGCAUGACACCACCGCAGUCACACUACAUGAAUCAACAGAUGCACAGUCAGCAGCAAGGGCAGCAGCACUCUCAGGCUCCUGGUCACCCGAUGCAGCAGCAGCAACAGCAACAACAGCAGUCGGUGGGGGGUGGUCACAUGAGCCCCCAUCAAGUUGCCCCACCACUAUCCGGCAGUCCUCCGCAGCAGAACGUACCGUCCCAACAGUGUAUCCGGCACGGAUGUCAGAACAAAGCGAUCGUCAAUUCGGACUGGGAGGAUGAGUACUGCAGUAACGAAUGUGUCAUAACACACUGCCGAGAUGUAUUCGGUAACUGGGUGCAGACUAACAACUCGCAGCAGCAAACAUACUCAGCUGUUAAGUAAGCUGCUGGACUUCGGCACAGCCGGAUUAACGAGAGGGUGCAAUCCAUGAGAGGCUCCCAUUCAAAGCGUAACUAUUAAAACAAACAAAUAUAAUCGAUUCGUAAUUUACUGUUAUUACUGGAAAAAUUACACACUUUUUACAAUGAUACAACUUUUAAUCUAAGGAUAACACACUAUAGCCAAUAAGACGUACACAAUAAAGUAUAAAACAUGAUUGAAUUGAAUUCAGCAAUCAAAUACAACGUAUCGUGGAAAACUAUUUCAACCAACAAAAAGACAGCCAAAAGUUGCAAUUAUUUUUAGUAAGAAAAUUGAGACCACAGUCACAGGAACAAAACUUGUUAAGUAAAGUAAUUUCCAGAAUAAAAAAACUGUCCUCUUUCUUCGUUAUAUUUCAUAUUGUAAAUAGUUUUCGUAGUGAUUUCUUCUCGUAACAGAAGAAAUUGAGGAAAACGAUCGAAUGAAAAAAAAAAGAAUAAUAUACGUGUAUACAUCUGUCUGUCACAUAAACCGUGAGGCUGUAUAUUGUUAUUUCUUCCUCUAAUUUAUCUCGAUGAUGUUGUUUUUCUAUUAGUUUGUACAAUAAAAACCACGAUAGGCAAAUAACUAUUGAAGUAAGUAGUUGUCGUUAUUAAAACCAAGAAAUAAAUUACAUUGUAGUAUAGAAAGACUCACAAAAGCAUACAAGAAAGCAACAGAAAACAAACUAAUGAAAGUAUAAAACUGCAAAUCAUUUAGGUAAAUGGCAUGUAAAAGCAAACUAAAUUAAAACUUCUCAUCGUACGGUCCGGAGUGAAUCGUUGAAGUAUGGAAAUUUACAUACUUUCCGAAUUCCGUUGUGGGGCAUCAUGCUCAUUCAUUAUCACCACCUACACGUGAAUAUCAUCAUCAUCAUCAGUACUGCGGUUCCAUGCUUUCUCAUCACCAUCAUCAAUCAAAAUAUAUAAACCUCGUCCUGUCGAGGAACAAAAUUUGAAGGAGGCGUAACAAAUGCCAACGCCACGUCUUUUGUGCUGUUGAAAUGGUGCCAAUCAAUACUUUAUUGAUUGUGAAAGGAAAAAUAAAGAUAUAUUCAAACAGUACUUGCAGAUCGAUAAGGCAUAAUACAUACUAAUAAAAUUACUAUUUUGUAGAAAGUUAAA